AUGUCUUACACAAAUUAUGGUGCCCCGGGAGUCCCAGCUCCACCAGGAACGAUCUAUAGUGCAGCUGCCACCACAUCUACAACAUACAGCGGUGGUAGUGUGCCCCCACCAUCGUCUUAUGGAAAUGGAAAUGGUAGUUCUUCGUAUAAAAACUCAUCAAACUAUAGCUCAUCUUAUACUUCUUCUUCACGCUAUGGUAAUGACCGUGGAGUAGAUCGUUCGUAUGAUGACCGCAGUCGAAGAGAUCGAAAGGAAUAUGAUUCUCGUAGCGGUUCAAAUUAUAGAGAACGAAGCCCUGGAUAUGAUAGAUAUAGUACUGGUGAGCGUUAUGCCAGUUCCAGCUAUCGACCCAGUGCUACAACAACACACGCCGGUGAUCGCAUGACAAAUCUUGGAUCAAGCUUGACAAGACAAGAUUGGGAUAUUACAAAACUUCCAAAGUUUGAAAAGAACUUUUAUCGUGAACAUGCCGAAGUCAUUUCACGUUCUCAAAUAGAAAUAGAAGAAUAUCGAAAGAAACAUGAUAUGAAAGUCUUUGGUCGUGAUAUCCCAAAACCCGUUGAAACUUUUGAAGAAGCCAAUUUUCCAGCCUAUGUUUUGAACGAAAUUCUUGACCUAGGUUUCACUUCUCCAACGCCAAUUCAAUCACAAGGAUGGCCGAUGGCACUUUCUGGUCGUGAUGUGGUGGGUAUUGCUGAAACUGGGUCAGGGAAGACUUUGGCUUACUGCCUACCCGCCAUUGUUCACAUAAAUGCACAACCUUUCCUUCAACCUGGUGAUGGUCCUAUUGUUCUUAUUCUUGCUCCAACACGUGAAUUGGCCGUGCAAAUCCAACAAGAAUGCACAAAAUUUGGAAAGUCAUCAAAGAUCAAAAAUACCUGUGUUUAUGGUGGCGUUCCUAAAGGCCCUCAAGCGCGUGAACUUUCUCAUGGUGUUGAAAUUUGUAUUGCUACACCCGGUCGACUAAUCGAUAUGCUAGAAUCAAGACGAACUAAUCUUCGUAGGGUAACAUAUCUUGUAUUGGAUGAAGCUGAUCGUAUGCUGGAUAUGGGAUUUGAGCCUCAAAUUCGAAAGAUCGUUGAUCAAAUUAGACCAGAUAGACAAACUCUUAUGUGGAGUGCUACUUGGCCAAAAGAAGUCAAGCGCCUUGCAGAGGAUUAUCUUCAUGAUUUCAUUCAAGUAAAUAUCGGUUCUUUAGAUUUAUCUGCAAGUCACAAUAUUGCUCAAACGGUUGAGAUUUGUACCGAUUAUGAAAAACGAAAUAAGUUAGUCAAACACCUAGAACGGAUUAUGGAUCAAAAAGAUAAUAAGACAUUAAUUUUUACUGGUACAAAACGUACAGCUGAUGAUAUUACAAAAUACUUACGUCAAGAUGGUUGGCCAGCACUUGCAAUACACGGCGACAAAGCGCAAACUGAACGAGAUUGGGUUUUAAACGAAUUUAGAAGUGGUAAAUCACCAAUAAUGGUAGCCACUGAUGUUGCUUCUAGAGGAAUCGAUGUUAAGGAUGUUAAGCUCGUCAUUAAUUAUGACUUUCCGACUAAUGUUGAGGAUUAUGUUCAUCGUAUUGGGAGAACAGGACGUGGUGGUGCUAAGGGCUCUGCUAUAACGUUUUUCACAAUGGAAAAUGCCAAACAAGCUAAAGAUUUAGUAAAUAUAUUGCGAGAAGCUAAUCAGGAGGUUGAUCCAAAACUUUUAGAUUUUAUGAAGAUCGCUUCUGCGAAUGCUACUGGAG